AUGGGUAUGAUUACUCCCCAUGAUGAUCUGAAUGAUGUUGGAGAGAUUUUUGGAGAGUUGGGAUUGUGGGAUUUCGACCAACCCUCGUUCAACAAUCAUAUCAGCAUUACCAACUCUAAUUCGGACAUCAAGAAUCAUGUUCUCAUGAACAACAAUGACAGUACUCAUCAUACUAAAAUGACAUACAGUUCUAGUUCAGGAACAACUAUGACCGAUACCAAUAUGGAGUUUAGAAGAAGCGGAAGGCACAAAUCAUCUGGUCUGAAACUAGAAGAAAUUCAAAAGUACUUCGACGUUCCAAUAACAGUGGCUGCAAGAGAACUGAACGUCGGGCUAACGGUCCUCAAGAAACGAUGCAGAGAGCUUAACAUCACGCGAUGGCCUCAUCGUAAGAUCAAGAGCUUGAAGUCCCUUAUCCAUAACGUUAAGGAAUUGGGAUUGACAAAUGAGAUAGAGAUGCUGGAGGAGCACAAGAGGAUGGUGGAGAAAAUACCAGAAAUGGAGCUGACUGAAAGAACCAAGAAGUUGAGACAAGCUUGCUUCAAGGCUAAUUACAAGAAGAGAAGGUCCCUUCAUCCUUAA